CGUGGGGAGAGGACAUGCGGCUUUUCUAUUAACGCUUAAAGCUGUGAGUCAGUAUAACCGAAUGGUGACCAGAAGGAGAUGGCCAAAACAGGGGUGUGUUGCGGCAGCCUGGAGGAGCCCACAGCCCUGAUGAAGAUGGGCCUCAGCAUGGUGCUGGUGGGCCACAUCAACUUCCUGUUGGGGGCUCUGGUGCACGGUGUAGUGCUCAGGCACAUCAACCUCCACAAACAGGCCCGUGCCAUGGAGUAUGCCAUCUCCAAUGUGGUGGCUCUUGCGUCUGGACUAGUGGGAAUCGUCGUUGGGAUUCUAGCUAUUGUCCUGUCUAAAAACAAGAAAAGCAGAGGCCUGACAUGGUCCCUCUUCAGUGUGAGCCUGGCGUCGUCGCUCCUGGCGUCGGCGUCGGCUGUCGGCCUCCUGGUGUCCGUGGUGAGGGCCAUCAUCCACGGCGGUCGGAGCCUGCUGACGCACUGUCGCUUCCCCGAUGCCAUCGGCUACUCCAGCAUCACCAACGAGUGUCCUUUCGACCCCACGCGCAUCUAUAGCACCACUCUGAUCCUUUGGGUGCCUCUCAUCGUGACUUGUGUGGUCCAGUUGAUCUUUUCCGCCCGCUGCCUGUCCGUGUGCGUUUCCUUCCUGGGUCUGCCCUGCCGGCCGCACAGGAAGCAGCCCAGAGAGGCCCGAGCGGGGAUCAAAGCGAUAAGGCCGCUGGAGGAACUGGUUGAAUCUCGUGUCAACAACGCAAAGCGGCACAUAGAAACUCCGCCUCCACUUCCCGCCAAGCGCUACACCGAACCCCCGAGAAGCUACAGUGAACCCAGAAGACCGGUGUCACAACCGGUCAGGCAACAGCGGCCCCAUCCUCCCCCGCCAUACCACAGGAGCCUCCCCCCCGCAGAGAGGCGGCCUCUUCGCCAGCAGCCUCGCUGGGAAAGCUCGCCGAGGCCCGACGCCGCACAAGGGAGCCAGCAGCGACCUCCGGAACAGCGCCACCUAUUGGAGAGAGGCGCUCUGGAACGAUCCAGUUUCUGGAUAUAGUCUGAAGGACAAGGACUGCUUUUUAUUUCACACUGCACCUCAACUUCAACUUGCACACAUUGGCCACUUCAUUAGAUACACUUGCACAAUCUUUUGUUUGCCUUUUUGUCAUAGAGAAUAAUUUUCCUAGGAUCCUAGGACCAAGGGCCAUACUUAUUUUUUGAAAACAUUUGGUGCCACAAAUACAAUGACAUCCCCUGAGUUAACACUGUUUGCUAUUGCAUCUGGUUUACAACUGCACUUUGUCAUACUGCCAAAUAUGAUCAAAGAAACUCAACAUAUUAGAACUUCUUUUUUUUUUUCUCUUCCUAAAAUUUCCUCCCCCAUUCAUUAUUGUAAAAUUGACUUUAGUACAGUUUUGUGGGGUGGGGACUCCUUAAGUGUAUUGCGAUAAAAUUGUUUUAUUUCCUUGUAAUAUUUUCAUAUUUUAUGCAGUGCAUUUAUACUUGUCAAACGAAUACCUCCCUGACAGUGUCAAUCAAAAUUGUAUCAAAAACCUUUAAUUUUUUUCAUACAUUUCUCAUUAGCUUUUUAUGCAGCUGUUUCUAAUGUUGUGGACCAUGAGUGUUUCAGUAUUAGGGAUGGGCCUUACAAUAGAUCAGGUUAUCAUGAAGUAUUGAUUGGAUUGUUUGGAAUUGAUGGAUUGUCUUGAAGUAAGUGAGGCAAAAUGAGGUGCAACUAGUGGAGGUGCUGUUGAUUAACUCAACUUGUUUGCUGUCUAAAGAGGUACAUGAAUUAUGGGAAGCUGAGAUGCAUCACAAAUGGUCCUCAUUUAUCAAUAUGUAUCAGUUAAGUAUUUAUAAGUCUAAAUUAAGAUAAAUGGAUAAUUAAUUUCCCCCAAUUAAUUGAUAAAGGAAUUUUUAAACUGUUUUAACUUAAUCGCCAUGUGGUCUUUACACCUGACAAAUACUGUACUAUGUGAGGGUGUGUCUUUACCACCGUGUGUUUUGUGUAAACUACUUUAAGCCAGUAUUUUAUUUAUUACCUUUUCAAAAUAAACA